AUCGCCUCAUUGCUGCCUUCCGCCCUCACAGAACGGACUCCCUCCCUCUCUCUUUUUUUUCUCUAGAAUUCUUCUCGUAACUCCUCAAGUUUUCUUCUGCUUCUCUGAAUCUUACGCUUCGCAUCUAAGGGCGAAAGAAAGAUUGAGGUAAGAGAACUCUGGUUCUUUGGAGGACGCCAUCGAUGCGCUUCUCUCGAGGAAGCGAUGCGAUUUUUAGAGAGUUUUGAACGGCGACCGCUCGGUGAAUCCCCUCUGCAUUGGACAUGAUGAGAGGCGCCGAUGGAGGCCUUGAACGCUUCGCUGGGUGGAGAUUACUUUCUAUUCGGGCGGGUUUCUGGUUAUAGAUCCGGUCUAUGGGGUUUUGGGAGCGGAAAGUCGGCUUCUGGCCGGAAAAGGAGAGCAACUGUCGGUUCCGGCGAGACAUCUGAUUUCCGGCGGGGGUUUCGGAUCCUCUCCCCUCCCCUGCCCCGGUGCCUGUGUAUCGGUUCUCGUUAUCGUUUUUCUGGUGGUUUUCUCCGAAAGACUUAUAGUUUCCAGAUCGAGUAGUGCCGGAUAGUUAUCCUCUGCCUCCUAUGUGGAUUUCCGGCGGAGUAUUGCCGGAUUUCGGUCUUCCCUUGAAGACGAACUAUGAUGCGAUCUGGUUUCUCUCGAGUCAUUUGGGAGAAUUCCGGGGUGGAAGGAAAGCAGGAGCUAAUAUUUGGAUCAGAUACAGAGUGAGCCCAGAUUGCGUCUCCGUCACCAAUGGAAGGAAGAACAGCGUGAGAGCCUGCAAGGAAGACGAAGUCGACAACGGUGGCCGGAUCCCAAACUGCUCCCCCUUCGAAGGGAAACCUCCGAGGCGUUCUGGGUCGGGAUCGACCGCGCCCCAGGACCACCACUUUCCCCAUGUCCCCUUCCCCUCCGUCUCCUCCCAGUCCGAGAACCAACCGCCCUAUGCCGCCGCAGACUCCACUCCAGCGGCCGCGAAGGCCCCGAGUCACCACCAUGAGAUCAACGGCGUGUCGCGAGGGGGCGGGGAUGUCCUGCUCCAGUGGGGCCAGAACAAGAGAUCCCGGGGGUCGAGAGCGGAGACCCGGGCGGCUGCCGGGGACGACUCGGCCCACUCGCGCCAGAUGAUGAAGAUCCAGCGGAGAUCGGCGGCCGCCGGGGCGGCGAAGCUCGCUGCCGCCGCCGCUUCGGCGGCGAUGCCCCCGCCCUGUGGGUUCUACACCCGCGGCGCCAAUCUCCGGCCCUGCUUUCCCUCCCGCGACGCCAUGGCCUCUUCGAUCAGCAGGGGCGUCGAUGAGCGAUCGGGCGGCCUGUCGAGAUCCGAGAAGCGAUCCCCACCUUCCCCGCCGGAGAAGGCCCAGAAGUCGGCUCCCAACGGCACCGCCGAGGACGCGAAUCCGGCGAACUCGAAGGCGCCGUCCGACCAGGAGACGGGCGGUAGCAACGCGGCGGCCGCCACCGGGGAGAAGGUGAGUCUGGAGAACUUCGAGUGGCCGAGGAUCUACAUCUCCCUCUCGAGGAAGGAGAAAGAGGACGACUUCUUGGCCAUGAAGGGCACCAAGCUCCCCCAGCGCCCCAAGAAACGGGCCAAGAACAUCGAUAAAGCCCUCCAGUAUUGUUUUCCAGGGAUGUGGCUUUCGGACUUGACCAGAGGACGGUAUGAAGUGAGGGAGAAGAAAUGCGUGAAGAAGUACACAUGGACGUCUGGUGUGACCGUCCGUUUGCCCGAAGGACUCAGGUUCCCUUUUGGACCUUUCCUGGAUGCUCCAAGCGAAGAGGGUUGAAGGGAAUGGAGAGCAUCGACAGUGAUUCGGAGUAGUGAUGGAGAUGAUAAGAAUAAUAUGAAUCCGACCGAAGCCGGGGCUGAUGAGAGAAGAACAAGGGGGAAAAGGGGAAAAGAGGAAGCGAGGAUCGGACGGUGGAGCGUUUCCGAUGCUUUGUUUUGGGUGUGCUCCUCUCCUAGAUGCCUCGGCAUCUUCCCCUUUUGUUCUUUUUCUUUUUUUCUUUAAUCAUUUGGGUUGUUCCUCGAAGCUUUUUUGGUUUUUUUUAAAACGGAUGGAGGAGCGGUGUGAUCCUUCCAUCGACGAGCUCUUGUACAGGUCUCCAGUUCUCAUUUUAAUGAGAAGAAAUUCUUCAAAUGAAAUUAGAGAAAAUUUUCUUUCAA